AUGGAGGCGAGCCAUGUCAUGAACGUGCUGCGCACCGUGCCUAACCUCUUUAUCCUCUUCGCCUCCAUCGCCAACGCCGGCGCGAGCAUCGCAUGCCUCAUCGGCUACGAUGGCGUCCGGGCCGGGACGGAUUCUGCGCUGUGCAAGACUCAGGCUUUUCUCCUUGAGAUGCUCAUGCAAUCCGAUCCGUGGUGGUCCUUUGCCAUGGCCGUCAACGUCUACCUCGUCUUCUUUUAUGGUGCUAACCCGGCCUCGUUUCGCAAGUACGUCUGGGUCUACUGCCUCAUUUGCUUCGGCAUCCCCUUUAUCCCCGCCUUGGUUUGUCUCUUGUACAAGGAGGAACACCGCGGGCCGGUCUACGGCGAUGCUACGCUCUGGUGCUGGAUAGGCAACGAAUGGACCGAGCUCCGCAUCUACACGUACUACCUGCCCAUCUGGGUCUGCAUCUUCUUCUCCACCCUCAUCUACUUCGCCGUCGGAUACCGCGUCUUCAAGCAGCGCAACCAGCUCCGCAACCUGACGUUUAGCGCCCACGAUGCCGCCGACGCCAACGACGGGAAAGAGGCGUCGUCCGCCUCGGACGUGCGCGAAUCAGCCGACAAGCACAAGCUCGCCGCCGCCAACGCCUACGGCACCGCCGUCACCGAAGUCAAAAUCACCACCUCCGCCCAUCCCCCUCUCCGCCUCAUCCGCGCAGGCCCACGCCGCCGCCGUCGCCGCCGCACUCUCCGGCCCCCGCUUCGAAACAACCUGCACCGCCAACCACAGCCCCUCGCACCAAACCAACCCACCUCCACCUCCACCCGUCGCCCCCGCUACCACCACCACCACCACCACCACCGCCGCCGCCGCCUCCCCGACGAAGAAGCCCGCCGCGACACCCGCCUCUUCUCCGCCCUCGGCAAAUUCCGCGCCCGCCUCCGCCACCUCGACCCCGUCAAGCUCGCCUACCUCCGCACCAGCUUCGUCUUCGCCAUCUCCAUCCUCAUCACCUGGGCCCCCAGCUCCGUCAACCGCAUCCACAACCUCAUCCACCCUUUCGCCCCCAACUACGGCCUCAACGUCGCCAGCGCCGUCGUCUUGCCCCUCCAGGGCCUCUGGAACGCCAUCAUCUACUUUAGCACCAGCUGGCGCGCCUGCCGCGAGGAACUCGCCAGGCUCUGCGGCGCCUACGCCCAUUCCCCUUGUCCUUGUCGUCGUCGGCCCCGCCCUAUCACCACCAUCAUUCGUCCGCUUCCUCCUCCUCCCCUUCGUGCGCCGCUUCGCUCUUCGCCUGCUGGCCCUGGUGGCCCCGCCGAUUGUUUUACCCUGACCCGCCGGACCACGUGGCCACAGACCCUGGUGAGCUCCAUCGUACCCGGCGGCAGGGAUAUCCGGGAUCGGGUCUGGGAAAUGGCGAGAGAUACGGCUGGGCGGAGGAUAGGCGGCGCGGUGCGUUUUACGGUGGGUCACGGCACGGUUCGGAGAGAGCCGGGGAUUUGCCGCCUCGAGUCCGGCCGUGGAUACCAUUGA